AAUUGGGAGAUCGAUAAUUAUAAUCUCAAAAGCCUUUUCUUCUACAUUGAGCUACUAGCAAACUAAGCAACCAAAGAGAAAAAUGGCCGCCGCUUUGAUUGGAGAGGCUUUGAUCUCCGCUUCCAUCCAGGUGCUGUGUGACAGAAUUGCUUCAGCCGACUUCGGUGACUUGUUCCGGCAGAAGAAGCUGGAUGAACCCCUCCUCAUGAAACUGAAGACGACGCUGCUCACCCUUUAUGCAGUGCUCAACGAUGCGGAAGAGAAGCAAAUUUCAAACCCUGCUGUGAGAGGCUGGCUGGACGACCUCAAGCAUGCUGUCUUGGACGCGGAGGACUUGCUGGAUGAGAUCGACACUGAAGCUUUGCGAUGCAAGGUGGAAGGUGAAGGUCAAACCGACAAAUUAACCAACAAGGUGUGGAGCUUCUUCUCUACUUCUCGUGGUCAUUUUUAUCAAAGCAUGAAUGUUGAGAUACAAGGGUUAUUGCAAAGGCUGGAUGGCUUUGUGCAACAGAAGGUUGCCCUUGGUCUGACAGAAGUUGUUGGGAGGAAGGUUUCACAAAGAACUCCAACAACUUCCUUGAUUCAUGAACCUUUUGUAUAUGGAAGAGACAAAGAUAAAGAAAAUUUAUCAGAAGUCUUGUUCUCUGAUGAUGCAAGCGAGGAUGAUGUAUCUAUCAUCACCAUUGUUGGUAUGGGCGGGGUUGGCAAGACGACCCUUGCUCGAGCCCUUUACAAUGAUGAUAAGGUGAAAGAUCACUUUACCCGUAAAUCUUGGGCAUGUGUUUCAGAAGAUUAUGAUGCUAUCAGGGUGACUAAAACUCUUCUCGAGUCGGUCACUUCAAAACCUUGUAUGAUGACAGAUUUGAAUAUGCUUCAAGUUGAACUUAGAGAACAACUGAAGGGAAAGAAAUUCUUAUUUGUGUUGGAUGACCUUUGGAAUGAGAAAUAUUGAUUGGAAGUGCCUCCAAACUCCUUUUAAUUCCGGGGCAAGGGGAAGUAAAGUCAUCGUGACAACACGAAGUGAAAAUGUCGCAUCUCUCAUGAAAAAUGUGCCCAUUCAACACUUGAAGCCUUUGUCGCAUGAAGAUUGU